AUGGUUCCGAUGAAUGCAAUAACAAGGAGUUUGGGCAGAGCAUAUGCUCUGGCUUUUGCUGAAAGAGGAGCUUCAGUAGUUGUGAAUGAUCUUGGAGGUGAUUUCAAGGGACAUGGCAAGAGCUCCUCAGCUGCUGACAAAGUUGUCAACGAAAUCAGAGCAAAAGGAGGGAAGGCAGUACCGAAUUAUGAUUCAGUGGAAGAUGGUGAAAAGCUUGUGCAGACAGCGCUUGAGGCUUUUGGGAGGAUAGAUAUCGUUAUAAACAAUGCUGGGAUCCUAAGAGACCGUUCAUUUGUUCGGAUAAGUGAUGAAGAUUGGGAUAUAAUUCAUAGAAUUCAUUUGAGGGGAUCAUUCCUGGUGACCCGAGCUGCUUGGAAUCAUAUGAAAAACCAGAAAUUCGGCAGAAUAAUUAUGACUUCAUCAGCUGCUGGAAUAUAUGGAAACUUUGGUCAGGCAAACUACAGUGCUGCAAAGCUUGGCCUUUUGGGUCUUGCAAACACAAUUGCAAUUGAAGGACGCAAGUAUAACAUCCACUGCAACACAAUUGCUCCUACUGCUGGAUCCAGACUGACCCAAACCGUCAUGCCACAAGAUCUGGUCGAUGCUUUCAAACCAGAGUAUGUUGCUCCCUUAGUUGUUUGGCUUUGCCACGAGAGCUGUGCAGAGAAUGGCAGUCUGUUUGAGGUGGGAGCUGGAUGGAUUGGAAAAUUGCGCUGGGAGCGAUCCUUGGGUGCUAUUGUCAGAGGAAAGAAUCAGCCAAUGACACCUGAAGCAGUGAGAGAUAAAUGGGAGAAAGUCUGUGACUUUGAUAAUGCCAGCAAACCCAGGACCAUCCAAGAGUCCAUAAGUGUAUUGAAUGAUGCUCUAAGUCAGAUAGAGUCUCAAGGGAAUGUUUCCAUGAAUUCAACAAGCGCUGGAUCAGUGGUCUCUUCAUCUGUUGACACGGCAAGCAUUGUUGGCCGUGAACUGGCCACCAAUGUGUAUAAAUAUACUCACUUAGAGCCUAUUCUCUAUGCCCUUGGUGUGGGAAUGUCAACUAAGGAUCCAGAUCACCUAAAAUUUCUCUUUGAAGGAAGUGAAGAGUUCUGCUGUUUGCCUAGCUUUGGAGUAAUUCCUGCUCAGACUUCAAUGUUUGAUGGUGUUCCAUCUCUUCCAGGAUUAAAUAUUGACCUUGCAAAGAUGUUGCAUGGUGAGCAAUAUCUGGAGGUGUAUAAACCAUUACCAACCUCAGGACAAUUAACUUCAGUUUCAACUGUGGCUGAUAUUCUCGACAAAGGAUCAGGAGCAGUCUUGCUUAUAGAUGUGAAUACUUACUGCGGAAAGGACCUAGUGUGUUAUAAUCAGUUCACAUUGUUUUUUGUUGGAGCUGGAGGAUUUGGUGGAAAACGAACAUCAGAAAAGGCCAAGGCAACAGCGAAUCCACCCAAGAGACCUCCUGAUGCUGUAAUUUCUGAUGUCACAACAUCUGAUCAGGCUGCCUUAUAUCGUCUGAGUGGAGAUUGGAAUCCUUUACAUCUUGAUCCAAGUUUUGCUGCUCUUGGAGGGUUUAAGAAGCCUAUACUUCAUGGACUAUGCACCUUUGGGUUUGCUGCUAGGAAUGUUCUGAAGCAGUUUGCAAAUAAUGAUGUGAACAGAUUCAAGGCAAUCAAGGUUCGCUUUGCAAAACCAGUCUUCCCAGGGCAAACUUUACAAACAGAAAUGUGGAAGGAAGGAAAUAGAAUCCAUUUUCAGACCAAGGUCAAGGAGACUGGAGAAGUUGCUAUUGCAGGGGGCUAUGUGGAUAUAGUGCCAGCCUUGGAUAAGCCUUCUGCUCGAGAGCCUCUGCAG